AUGCCGUCACAAACUCCAGCAGACGGAGGACACAAACACUUUUCGUCUAAAUCUUCUCUCGCGGGCGACUGGCAUGUGUCUUUGAUUCUUGGUCUGUCGGGAUGUCUCGCUGGCUUCUGCAUAGUUGUGGUGUCAUUACGAUGCUACGCUCGGGGUCUGCUUGAUAGGCAUUUCUGGCAUGAUGACUAUGCCGUAUUUUUGGCCAUUAUAUGUUCCAUUAUCGUUUUGGGUUGUCUCAUAGGGGAGGCUUACAAUGGGCUGGGACAAUCUACCUCACUUCUCAGCUCCGAAAACCGCGAAUAUCUGGCGAAAAUAGGGUAUAUACAUGCAAUAUUUGGUACCCUCGGAAUCAGCGCUGUCAAAAUAUCCUGCGGCUUUUUUAUCCUUAGAACUAUCGACAGAGGCAAUAUUCAACGUCUAGCUAAAAUGAUGAUUGGAUUCCUUCUUACUUUCACGGUUAUUACCGCAAGCAUUGUAAUCUUCCAAUGCGUUCCAGCAGCUGCUCUCUGGGACUCCAAUUUAGAUCCUAGUGCUCAUUGUCUUACGGUUCAAUCAUACACCACUAUUGGCCUGGUAACUGAUGUAGUUAAUACCGCAAUUGAUAUAAUACUCUCAACUUUACCUCUCCCUCUCUUCUAUGAUCUUUGCCCCAGCACAUAUUCCAGAAUGGCGUUGAUCGGCAUCGUUGCUCUUGGAUACGUAGCAUGCAGCGCUGCAGUAAUAAAAACCGUUUACCGAGCUCGUGUACUCGCAGUGCCUAGUAUGUGGCGUGAAAGUGAUUAUACACUUUGGAAUAAUAUCGAACUUCAGAUAGGGAUUUUAGCGUCCUCUUUACCCAUUAUAAAUCCAGUUUUGACAAUAUUCGUUGUCCGUAUCUACAGUCUCCUUAAAACUCCGAUAUGGCCAGCAAGCAGCUCCAACACCCGUGCUCACUGUAGAGGCAAUGGCUCCUCAAGCCUUCGAAUGAACCCAACGUCUCGAGAGAGGCAAAGGCGUCCAAUACACCACAGUCACCACCUCAGCAGCAGCACUACGGAACAGUCUGAUACCGAACAACAUAGAUGUCCCUUAAGCUUCUACAAAGUCGAAAUCAGCGCAUCCAGGCUGUCGGGUUCUCAAAAUGGUCGCGAACGAGAUGCCAUCCUUGCUGGUGUGCCGUCCGGGUUUCCAGCCAUUGUGAGAACUACAGACAUCUAUAUACAGGUAGAGGAUAGAAAUGUGGCGGAUUAG